CAGGUUUCAGUGGGUUUUUGCUGCACUGACAGCGGGUUUGUUGAUUUAUCGUUGCUCCUUCAGAGAAGCCGGACCGGCGUUAUUUUUGCACAGCGAGAUAACCGGUAUAAUGUCAGAUUUCGAGGAAUUUGAGAAACAGCUGAGCGAGAAUCGACAAGAGCGAGAGAGAGAAAGGCACAAAAAGAGGAGUCGCAGUGGAUCCCCGGGCCGAGGCGACAAACAUCGCAGCUGGAGCAAAGACCGAGGGAGCCGCAGUCGAGAGAAACGAAGCCGAAGCAGAGACAGGAAGAGCCGGGACCGCAGGAGCUCCUCCCGGGACCACAAGAAGCACAGUCACUCUCCGAGGCGAACGAGGAAGAAAAGGACGUGCAAAUACUGGGACGUGCCUCCUCCUGGCUUUGAACACAUCACGCCAAUGCAAUAUAAAGCUAUGCAAGCGGCCGGGCAGAUACCAACAAUAGCCCUGCUGGCAACAUCCACCACCACCGGAGUGGCUGCAGCACCAACACAAGUGCCCAUAGUUGGCAGUCAGAUGACAAGACAAGCCAGACGCCUCUAUGUUGGAAAUAUUCCCUUCGGAGUGACUGAGGAGUCCAUGGCCGAGUUCUUUAACGCUCAGAUGCGGCUUGCAGGGCUUUCACAAGCUCCAAGUAACCCCGUACUCGCUGUGCAGAUCAAUCAGGAUAAAAACUUUGCUUUCCUCGAGUUUCGGUCUGUAGAUGAGACGACGCAGGCCAUGGCCUUCGAUGGAAUCAUUUUCCAGGGUCAGUCGCUGAAGAUUAGGAGACCUCACGACUAUCGACCUUUACCUGGUAUCUCAGAGCAGCCAGCUUUCCACGUCCCAGGUGUCGUCUCCACCGUCGUUCCCGAUUCCCCCCAUAAACUGUUUAUAGGAGGCCUGCCUAACUAUCUUAAUGAUGACCAGGUAAAGGAGCUCUUGACAUCGUUUGGGCCUCUCAAAGCGUUCAAUCUUGUGAAGGACAGUGCGACAUCACUGUCAAAAGGUUACGCCUUUUGUGAAUAUGUAGACAUCAGCGCCACUGAUCAGGCAGUCGCCGGGCUCAACGGAAUGCAACUGGGAGACAAGAAGCUGAUAGUCCAAAGGGCAAGCGUGGGAGCUAAAAACGCCAAUCCUACCUCCAUCAUAGAGACCCCAGUGACGCUGCAGGUCCCUGGGCUUCAGAGGCUGCAGAACUCUGGCAUGCCCACGGAGGUGCUGUGCCUUCUCAACAUGGUGAUGCCCGAGGAGCUGGUGGACGAUGAAGACUACGAGGAGAUCCUGGAGGACAUCCGCGAGGAGUGCUGCAAGUACGGCAGCGUCCGCUCCAUCGAGAUCCCCCGGCCCGUCGACGGCGUGGAAGUCCCCGGCUGUGGAAAGAUCUUUGUGGAGUACGUCUCUGCUGCAGACUGUCAGAAAGCCAUGCAAGCCCUCACCGGCCGCAAGUUUGCCAACAGAGUGGUGGUCACCAAAUACUACGACCCAGACAUGUAUCACAGACACGAGUUUUAAAGCACAGACGAGUCUGACGGAGCGUCUCCCGCCUCCUUUCUGUUUGUAAGCUUGGUUUCAGUCAGUUCCUUUACUCCCCUGAAUGUUGUGAACGUGUCCUUAGAGACUGGACCUGAAAACACAUUUUAUUACACCUUCUACUUUACAAACUGAACUGCAGUGUGUGUUUCUUCAGUACUGAUAUCUAACUCCCAGCUUUAGCCUAAUACCCCCACAGUGAACUGAACUCAUUCUGAAUUUAAAAUACUGUAGUAUACAUUACAUUUACAGUAGGAUGAAUGUGACAUGUAUCGUACCUGAACCUAAACUAAUACUGCCUGACAAUGCCAGAGUAGCUGUCUAUCAAGUAUGCACUAUAUGAGAAAAACCAACAGUCAGAUGUUUAUUUCCUUCCUGAGCACAAACAUUUAUUUCAGAUUUAGACCCAGACUUGAGAAGCCAUCAUAACGGUAACUGUGUGGCUAUGAGAAAAAUAUGUUUUUAAUUCAUUUAUUUAUUUUUCCAAAGUAAUAUUUUUCCUCUAUACAUUAAAUAUUAAUGUUCCUUAAACAUAUAUGAUGAUAUUACCUGUACUGCUUACAUAGACCAAAUGUCGACUUGUUUUGUCAAAAGUGAAGAUUCGUUUUGUCUCAGCCUCAGAGGUCGAUUUGUAAAUAUGAAAUAUUAAUGUCUAAACAUAAUAAUAUGAUGAAAUUGGCUGUGCACACUGGAAGCUACUUGAAUUAGGAAAUGAUCUGAAUGAAUCGAAAAUGAAUCGUCUUUGUUCAAAAGACUGUUUUUUAAACCCCUCCCCCAAACAGUGAUUGUCCAAUAUAUGUCCAACUGUAUAUAAACCAAGAAGUACAUCAUUUAUGCUAACUAACAAGUAUUUGAGUUAAGCAGCCAAACAAAAUUAUCAAUUAACAAUCUGAUUUUACAUUGUUCUUAUCAUUAUACUCGGGAUAACAUGAAAUAACUAAUAAUAACCUACAUGGCAACAGUAACUACGGCGGGGGUGGGGCUUAAUAAACAGUCCCUUGUAUUCCUUGUACGAGCAAUAGUCUGUAAUUUAUCGUCAAAAUCAGAAUAACAAAAUAAAAUUAGUCUUCAUAGUCUCAUUUUAAAAAAUAAAGCAGAUAUGCACAUGUUAAGAAAUGCACUUUUACGUUUUGUAGAUAGCAUAACGAAUGAAUUUUUUAAGCUUUAUUCUUUGUGUGCUGUUUUGCAUCUGUUGAAGAAAAUGUAUUAAAUUAAAGCAUUAAUUUAUUAUAAAAUAUCAUUUAUCUGCUUAAUAAAGUGCCGGCACAAACACAGCAUCCAAACAAAGUGAGAUGAUUUUUCACAUACAGCAAACUAUCUGUUCUGUUUCAAAGUAAACUAAUAGAGUUUUAGUGUAAUAAGCAGAACAUAUCAAAUGAUACUAAACAACUACUGUAUUUUAUACAUUUUUGGAUGGCCAGAAAUUUUAAAUCAUUUUUAGUUUGUACAA